AUGUCUAAUUCAGAAGCUAGUAAAGUCUAUGAACAAAUUGUGGAGUCUGUAGUCAAUGAAGUUCGUGAAGAUUUUGAGAAUGCAGGGAUUGAUGAACAAACCCUUCAGGAUUUAAAAAGAGUUUGGACAAAAAAAAUUACUGAGUCUCAGGUGGCGCAUUUUACUUGGGAACCACAAAUGGAUGAGAUUAUACCUCCAAUUGAUCCAAAUACUUCUAUAACAGAUGGUACUCCUGUUUUAGCAGUCCCAUCUGAUUUUACUCUAAAGGAUGACUCUCAGGGUUUAGUACUACCAGGAUUAAUGAAUGAAAAUGGGACAACGAGUCAAGCAACACAAUCUACAGAAACAUCGGGUAAUGUGGAUAAGGAUAAAAAUACAGAUACAGAAAAGACAGAGAAUGAUAAAGAAAAUAGUACAGAGGAGGAUUCUGCUAAUCUGAAAAAUGAGUCAUCGCAACAAAUUGAAUUAACUAUAGAAGAUCCAGACGGAACAGUAACGCAAAAAUUAAAACAACAGGCAAAACAAUCGAAAAGAAGUGCUUUACUUGAUACAGAUGAAGUUGGUUCAGAAUUGGAUGAUUCAGAUGAUGAUUAUUUGAUUUCAGAAGGUGAAGAUGAUGGGCCUGAUGAAAAUUUAGUGUUAUGUUUAUAUGAAAAAGUUACAAGAACUAAAGCCAGAUGGAAAUGUAGUUUAAAAGAUGGUAUUGCCACUAUAAAUCGUAAAGAUUAUACCUUCCAAAAAGCACAAGUUGAAGCUGAAUGGGUUUAA